AUGGUUCUUUGGUAUGAUUUAUACAUGUACAGUCCACUUCAAAUUCAUCUUUCACCAUAUAUGGCAUGCAUUCCACGAUUUAUUCAAUUUCAUCAUAAAACUAUAACUGUCUUCAAUGCAAAUAUAGUCACUUAUUCUCGAACACUUCUUAUUAUACCAAUUGCUUGGUGUCUCAAAUAUAAUUGUACAAUAUCAGCAUGUUUACUUGUUCUAUUUCAUGAUUUUCUUGAUCAUGUUGAUGGUAUUGUUGCAAAAGUUCAAAGACAUCGUUAUGGAGAAAAUAUUGAUGAUCCAUUAUUAGGUGGUUUUAUGGAUGCAUUUUGUGAUAAAAUAGUUAAUGUUGUUUGUCUUUGGACUAUUUUACAAGAAACACAGUUUCAACAAACAUCUUUCUAUAUUUCGUUUACUUUUGUUCUUCUUUGUUAUACAAUUAUUGUUUUUGAAACUAUUCUUGGAGUUGUAAGAGUACAAGAUUAUUUUACUGCUGUCUUCAAUGAAAAUAAAAUAUCUGUACAAGGUUCAACAUCAGCUACUAUGGAAGGAAAAUUAAAAGAAACACUUGAAUCAAUUGGUUUAGCAUUUUUAUGUUUAUCAACAGGUUAUACUAAUCCAUUUCAUCAUUGGUCUGGUAUUGCUGGUAUAAUUUGUUUUGCAUUGACAAUUCGAUUAGCUU